AUGUGGAUACCGAUGCCGCGGCGAAGGAUGGGCCCUCUCCUCCCGUCCGCCCUCGUCCUCCUGCUGGCCCUGGGAGCCGCGUCUCCGGCCUCGGUGGGGAACCCCGAGGAUUACACCGCGGACGAGGUGGAGCGGACCAACGGCGACAACAUGGUCUUCGACGAUUACCGGGGGAAAGGAUGCGUGGACGACAGUGGCUUCGUCUACAAACUCGCGGAGCGUUUCUACCCGGGACACUCGAACUGUCCGUGCGUGUGCACGGAGGACGGCCCCGUGUGCGACCAGCCCGAGUGCCCCAAACUGCACCCCAAGUGCACCAAAGUGGAGCACAAUGGCUGCUGCCCCGAGUGCAAGGAGGUUAAAAACUUUUGCGAGUACCGGGGGAAAACGUACAAGAUCCUGGAGGAAUUCAAGCCGUCUCCCUGCGAAUGGUGCCGCUGCGAACCAAAUAAUGAAGUGCACUGCGUGGUGUCGGACUGCGCCGUGCCGGAGUGCGUCAACCCCGUGUACGAGCCGGAGCAGUGCUGCCCCAUCUGUAAAAACGGUCCAAAUUGCUUUGCUGGAACCACGAUCAUCCCGGCCGGAAUUGAGGUAAAGGUGGACGAUUGCACCAUCUGUCGCUGCCACAACGGAGACUGGUGGAAGCCCGCACAGUGCUGGCGGCGGGAGUGCCUCAACGGCCAGUCGUUGUCAUAG